UCUGGGUAACCCAAGCACAUGUCGAUGGCUGUUCGAUCGGCUCGGUUCGUUGUCAGCGGUUGGCGCGGCCCGCUUUUGCUGCUCUUUCUCGUCCUGGUUGUCACUCUGGUGAUCCUUCACCGUGUUAUCCAAUCACCUUUGCUCAAUCAAUAUGAGAUUUUGCACAAGCAUUUGGAGAGAGGAGGAUCAUCAUCAUCAUCAUCAUCCAUCUCCUCCACUCGCAGCAUUCUCUUGUGGAACGAUUUCUUUGGUGAUCCACGAUGGAAACUAUCCUGGGAUACCUUGGGACCACAGGAGUUGCGCGAGGAGCUCCACUGUCCGGUCUAUCAGUGUGAGGUGACCAAUCAACAUGAUUUCCUGCCCGCCGUGGAACUCUACGAUGCUGUGGUCUUCCAUGCCGCCCAAAUGUUUCCACUGCUGGAGCAAGUGCCGGCCAGGAGGAGCCCCAAACAGAUGUAUAUCUUUGCGUUGAUGGAGCCACCGGGAGAGACGAAACAUCGAUUGGAUGAUGAGCAGGGUUUCUAUAAUUUGACAAUGACCUAUCGCUUGGAUUCGGAUGUGGUUUGGCCAUAUGGUCAGAUUGUGGAUAUAGAAACGGGUGCUGUGGUGGCUCCCAAUUCAAAUCCUAGUUGGAGAAAGCCACCGGUGGUGGCCUAUAACGAUACGGAGAUAUAUGAUCUCUGGGCGGGGAAGAGCAAGAUGGCAGCCUGGUUUGUAUCCCACUGCAAGACACUGUCCCAGAGGGAGGUCCUGGCCGAGAGGCUUCAGACGUAUUUUCAAGUGGAUAUCUAUGGAAAGUGUGGAACACUCAGUUGCGCUCGGGGUGAUCCCUAUUGUGACGAGAUGCUGGACACGGAUUACCUGUUCUACCUGGCCUUCGAGAAUUCGCUGUGCGAUGACUAUGUGACCGAGAAGCUAUUUGAUGCACUUCGUCGGAAUGUUAUUCCCGUGGUCUUUGGUGGAGCGGAUUAUUCCCGCAUUUUACCGCCACAUUCUUAUAUCGAUGCGAAUCGCUUUGAGACCGUAUCGGAUUUGGCUUUGUACUUGGAUUUCGUGGGCGGUGAUGCCACGGAAUAUGCCAGUUAUUUCUGGUGGAGGCGUCAUUACCGUCUGGGCAAUAGUUCACCCUUCUGUGACCUUUGUGCCCGACUCCAUGAGCCUGGAUUUAGACACAAAUCGCAGUCAUACAAUGACAUUCAGUCCUGGUGGUUCAACAGUUGUCACCUGGAGAGUCACCUCAAAUGGUGAACGAAAAACAUGACAUCGAAAGGGAUGGAGAUAUAUGGUUAUAUAUACAUACAUGCAUAUAUCUAUUGUAUAUAGUUGUUGAAACAGAGCGAGAGGUUCAACGGAAAUUGGUUUGCUCUCUUUGUGUUUAUGGUUUCUGUUUUUGGCCUAAACAAACAUUGGGCGACUUGUCAAAUCGUUAACCACCACCCUUUUCGGUACUUGGUACUCAAAUAUUCCAUAUUUGUAAUAAGCAACCAGAUAAGAUAUAUAUAUAUAUAUUCUGUUUUAUGAAUAGGUUUUGAUAGCGUUAAUGGGUACACGCAUGACUCAACUAACCUACUCGCCCACCGAUUUUAAUUGCGAUCACUAUCGCGCAAACACACAUACACUCUUUUGGUAUCUCUUUGGGUUUAUAACAGAUAUAAGUUAAAUUUUAUUUGUCAAUUUAAACUUGCAGGUCGAAUUUCUCAAUGUUUAGAUAGAGUAAAUUAUCACUUUAAAGUGUGAGAAAUUUAAGAAAAUUGAAGACAAUUCAAUUGAAAUGGAGAGUAA